AUGGCAACAGCUGGUCUAAGUCCUCUGUUGCAGCAAAUUGUAAAUCUAGAAGCAGCAUUAAAUACUUGGCUAUCUAAUAAAAGGGGAAUUCUCGAGCGUAUCCACUCGAAACAGCUAAAAGUAUUAGCCCAAGCGAGUGAAGUAAAAACGCAAUCUAUUGGAGCUGUCCCGCCGGGCGUGUUAGGGACAAUAUCAGCCACUAUUUCACUGGCCAGACUCGCUCGACUGCAUCCCAGCAAUCUUCAUAAAUCACCAAACCCAAAUAAAACCUCCGCUGACUCCGCACUUGUCCAGAACACUGUAUAUAUGUUAGAGAUGUCCGAUCUGUUUUCGUCCUGUUUAACGGAACUAUUGUUGACUCCCUUCGUGUCACCUGUAACGAUCAUUCGCGAAGAAGUAAAUUUCCCCAAACGAAAGGUGGGCGAUGAUAACGCCAAUAAAGGAGUCCAUCAAACGAAACAAGCUCUAAAACCACCCGCCAUUACGCCUCUAAUAUCUCCAUCAUUCCCUCAUUAA